AAAUUCUAUUUCUUAUUUUGAUGGUUCCUUUUAAUUUUUCUUUUUACCUUUCUACAGGAAUGAAAAUAAUAGGUAAUUCAGCCUUUAUAGAAAUACAGCUUGCUAAUUUUCACAAACUAAAGUCACUUACGUUCCAACACCAACACCUAGCUCCUAGCAUGCUAAUGCCCUACCAAAGGGAAAGGACAAUCCCAAACCAGAAUCAAUAUUAACACCGCCUUGGUUGAGGAUAUAAUCAACUUGGAAGAGGUGGAUGAAGAAAUGAAAUCUGUGAUGGAAGCACUCAAAGACAAUUUCAAUAAAACUCUCAAUAUAAGGACCUCACCAGGAUCCCUUGAUCAGAUUACUGUGGUGACUGCUGAUGGGAAGCUUGCCUUAAACCAAAUCAGCCAGAUCUCCAUGAAGUCACCACAGCUGAUUUUGGUGAAUAUGGCCAGCUUCCCAGAGUGUACAGCUGCAGCUAUCAAGGCUAUAAGAGAAAGUGGAAUGAAUCUGAACCCAGAAGUGGAAGGGACACUAAUUCGGGUACCCAUUCCGAAGGUAACCAGGGAGCACAGAGAAAUGCUGGUGAAACUGGCCAAACAGAACACCAAUAAGGCCAAAGACUCUUUGAGGAGGGUUCGCACCAACGCUAUGAACAAGGUGAAGAAAUGCAAGGACAAGGUCUCAGAGGACACCAUCAGGCUCGUUGAGAAGCAGAUUGGCCAAAUGGCUGAUGACACAAUUGCAGAGCUGGACAAAUACCUGGCAGUGAAGAUCAAAGAACUCCUUGGAUGAACGUCUGUCAGGUGCCAGGCAUAGUCCGGAGCUCAGGUCCCGGUGGGUUCUGUGGGCGAUAGAUGGUAACCCCCACCCGGCACCCCCGUGGAAGGCUCUCCCUGUGCUACCCCAUGUUGGGAGGGAGGCCCUGGCUUCCUGUGGGAUUGCCAGACUUGUUCCCUUCUUCCUCCUCCUCCCUCCCCCCCCCACCGCCUCGUGCAGCCCAGGCCUCUGGUGGCCUCCUGGAGGGUCUGCUGCUGGCCGAGGACCUGUCCUCAGGGCGUUUGCCAUGACUGUGCUGCAGCCCAGGACUGGGAUCACAGACCCACCUCCCAGAUCCUGCUCCUGCUCCCGGCGCCUCCUUUCCAGGCAGGCCCUGUCUGUGUUUGGAACUCUGUCAGGGAUGAUGUGGGCCUUCACCCACAUCGGGCUUAUUUGCUAGAGGCACACGCUCCUCAAAGGACAGCAUCUACAUCAGCCUCGAAGAAUGAUGGCCACAGGGGAAGGGUGGAGUUGGGCUGAUGGGUGACCUCCAGGGUCUGUGUGUUAAGCCUCUGGGUCACCUUCACAAGGCCCCGCCCUCUGCCUGGAUCCCUCGUGCACCUGUUGCCAUCACCAUCACCAGCUGCUCCUGUUCAUCUGGACACCUCACCCUCUGGGAAGUCUCCCUUUCCCCCUCUCCAGGACCCCCUUCCCUCUGACCCCCUACAGCACAGUGUCCUGCUUUAUUUGAACCCUGACUAGUCUGCUGCUUAGUCUCUGCCUCCUGAGAACUUGGCAUAAAUACCUGGAACACAGUGGACGAUGGAUGUUUGUGCGUGAAUCAAUUACACCUGGUAGUACCUAACAGAUGUGGGCUGUUUGGCCUGUCCCUAGGCCUAGCUCUGCCUUUCUGUCAUUUUCUACACCUAUCCUUGUCUUCAGAUUUAUUGGUAAGGAGAUCUCUUCUCCUAGUGCCUGCUUCUCAUCUCAGGAGCCUCCUGCUGUUGACAGACAAGUUCUGGCUCGCCUGUGGGUCCUGCGUUAAGUUAGGGCGUUUUCCUUGUCUCCUUGUUCAUUCACUCAUUCAUUCGUAAUAUAGCCAUCAUGAGCUAGACGUGACUGUAGGCAUCCCAAGACAGCUGUGCAUGAUCUCCAUGUAGGAGCAGGAAAGGACUUGAUGCCCUUAGGUGACGUACCCAGCAUGACAACAUUGGAGUUUCCGUUAGCAUCGAAAAUCUUUUCCACAGAAGCAACUCUUCCUG